AUGCUCUCUUUCUUGACGGUGGAGUCUCCUCGGUGGCUUCUUCUCGACCACGAGCAUGACAAGUCUCUUGCAGCAUUGGUUCAGCUUCGUGGUUUCCCAGCCGAUGCAGACGUUGUGGCCACUGAGUUCAAUAGCAUGGCAUCUCAUAUUGAAGAUCGCAAUGCCGGACUUGGGAAUAAUAGCUCUCUGCAAAUUAUUAGAGAGACCUUCCUAGCCAACGCAAUCACCAACUACUUGCCGACAAUUUUCGGAAUGAUAGGAGUUACGAACUCGAAUGUCAAGGUUUAUUCAACAGGCUUGUAUACUUUCGCGAAACUCAUAUGCUGUUUGGCCGCAUCGCUUUUCUUCAUCGAUCUUGUCGGUCCCCGAAAAUCUCUCAUGUUAGAAAUCUCGGUGCAAAUUAUCUGCCACUCAUUUUUGGCCGGAUACCUCAAGAUCUACCAAAUCCACAAGGCGCACAUGGGCAAAGCUUCAACAGAUGCGGCUUUGGCGUUCAUUUGCAUACACGCGUUUGGAUGGGCAAUCGGACUCUAUAGCCUGCCUUACCUCUUUGGCGCAGAGCUCUGGCCUAACAAGAUUCGAUCGUUCGGAGGAGCGUCGUCACAGUGCUUCCACUGGCUCUUACUUUGUCAUCACCAAGGCCGCUCCUCUGAUGCUUACUAG